AUGCCGACCCUCCAUCUCGCCGGUGUUGAAAUCGAGUUCCCUCACGAGCCAUACGACUGUCAGUUGACCUAUAUGCAUAAUCUGUUGGAAUCAUUACAACUGGUAGAAUGGCGGUUUGUAAAUAUGCAAUCACGUUCAUUAUUUGACGAUUCCCACAACUUUCUUGCGAUUGUCAUCUCACUUGUGUUCGCUACUUUUCUUCGCAGCCGGAACGUGAGUGUGAUCGGUUCGCGUGAUCAACUGUGUUUACUUCCGGAGGUCACUUCAUUAGACUCAAGCUCGGCAAAAGUCUUUGCUUGCCGGGGCCGAGUUCAAACACGAACAUGCGACUACUAUAGGAACUUUGACAUGAAGCGCGACAGCUUGAUGAACACUAUCAAAGCGGAAGGUGUAGUUGACAUAGAAGAUCUGGUCAAGUUGGGUAAAUCGACAAGGCUUUUCUCGACUUCGCGCAAGUUUUUAUUAAAUGCUUCUAUUAAUUUCGGUGGAAAUCCGUUUUCGUUUUCUGCUUUCUCCAGCUGCUGUCCUUACUACAUGUCCAGGGAAUUGAAGACGAAUGCGGAAAUCAUCUUCACGCCGUACAACUACUUGUUGGACCCUAAGAUACGAAAACUUUACAAUAUCGAACUCCAAAACACUGCUGUCAUCUUCGACGAAGCUCAUAACAUUGAACAAGUUUGUGAAGACGCUGCUUCAGUGAACCUCAGUUCGAGUGUUCUAGCUGCAGCAAUUGAGUAUCUUCGUGUAGUUUGUGAGGUGGUAUUCAGUCUAACUGCACAGACCCAACUAAAUGACGCAGUUCCAACAGAAGAUGUGCUGGAUGCGCAAAGUUUGGCUUCGUAUGAUAUUUCUCGAGCUGGUGAAGAUAAAUGUCAACUGAUUGAGCUUGAACGCCUGAUUGAUGAGCUUCAAGUUGGAGCUGACGGGUUUAGCAAAUCGAGCGAUUUUAUGUUUGAUCUGCUUGCUCGUGCUGGAUUUAAUGCGCAUACCAAAGAGAUGGCUUUGUCAACCAUAGAAGAAGUCCUUUCAGUUGCAGCGGCUGCCGAAAAUCUGAAGCUUCGUAAACCGAAGGGGAUCAGUGAAAUUUCCGAGUUUCUGAAGGUGGUUUUCGACAGCAAGAACGUGUCACCACACUCAAAUAUCUUCUCUCUCCUGCGUCUGCCUGGUGUGGAUUAUUCGCACUGUUAUCGUGUGUUCGCAAAAGAUGAGCAGUUGGCAAACAGGGGCCGUGUGACUGCAGAUCGAGUCUGGGAUUCCCGUGGGGUUGGAUCCAAUCAGCCCGUUACCGACCGCACUUUAAGCUAUUGGUGUCUGAGCCCUGGUCGAGCUAUGCAGGACUUGAUAAAAGAACGAGUCCGCUGUGUGAUCUUGACCAGCGGCACACUGUAUCCUAUCGAGCCCAUCCAAUCGGAACUACACAUGAAUUUCCCCAUCUCCCUACAAAACCCCCAUGUGAUUAAGCCGGAACAAGUCCGACUCGCUGUGAUUACACAUGGCAAAGACGGGAUUGCACUAAAUUCCAGCUACGCAACUCGUGAUAAACCUGAAUACCGUACCAGUUUGGGAAUGACAUUAGUCGAGAUUAUUCAAAUUGUCCCCGCUGGAUUGUUGGUGUUCUUCACAUCCUAUGGAAUGAUGAGCCAAUGCAUAGAUGCCUGGAAGAACGAGCAACUGUAUGACAAAAUGCUCCGCUAUAAACGCAUCUUCGUAGAGCCACGGGACAAAGUUCAAUUCGCAAAAGUGUUUUCGGACUAUCGCGACGUGGCCUCUGGUGCCGUCCCGUGCGAUGUCAACGGAGCUGCUCUGUUUGCUGUGAUGCGUGGAAGAGCUAGUGAGGGUCUCGACUUAGCCGACUUCGCCGGUCGUGGUGUGGUCGUCUUGGGUCUGCCCUACCCACCUUUCCAUGAUGCACGUGUUCGUCUCAAGAUGUCCUACUUGGACGAACAACUCGCUGAACUGAACAAUCAAGCUUCUAGAUCAGGUCCAAAUGCAAAGGCUUUCGUGGCCAGUCACCCCACUGGUAAAAAGUGGUACAAUCAGCAGGCUUGGCGGGCUGUGAAUCAAUCUAUCGGAAGGGUUAUUCGUCACCAUCGUGAUUUCGGUGCUAUCUUUCUAUGCGACGAGCGAUUCGCACAGGUCUCCGCCCGCUCGCAGUUUCCCCACUGGAUGCAACCGAGCAUGCGAAUUUAUACCAACUUGCGUGCCGCGUUGGAAGAGACAUCUACUUUUUACAAGAGGGCCUCUAUCCUGUAUCCUACCAGUUCGGCGGGCUCCAGCACUUCUUACUCAUACUUAACCAAGUCGACAAGCACGGCAAAACCCAUAGAUGCACGUAUAAGCUCUGCUCCGUUAGCUGGACGUUCGUCAAAUCACCCCUUGCCGCGUGCUACUGAGGUUGACAUGUUUGCUCGGAGCUUGGGACCACAAUCUUCGGAUGGAGACUCUGUCUUGGCAAACUAUGCUGGUUCCCAAACACUCCCAGAUUUCCUGCCAGUUGGAGUCAAAUCGAGUAGUUCGUCCGUGUUCGAUUUCAUGGAUCAAAGUGCUUGUGCCGCGUCUCAGGCAAGUUCAAUUUCACGAGCAAUUAGAUACUACCAGAUUGCCCGGAGUAGUCGGGAUAUAGAGUCUUCAUCAGUUCUACGCGAAGCGUCAGUAAACAAAGACGAAAAUUUGGAAAUCAAACUACUCAAAGGACGACCUACCAAGCGAAUCAAACUGCUACGACCUGAGGCUCAAAAGUUGUCAAGUUCACCCUUUUUAUCAGAUCCUUCUACCUAUGUCGAAGCUGUGAAAUCGGCCCUGACCAAAACCGAUUCGGAACAUCCAAAUGGACUGAAGUUACGGACUUUCAAACAGGCGAUGCAGUCAUACCGGGAAUAUAUCUCGAAGGUCACACCCGAGUCGUCGGCAAAUGCCAACGUGAGUCAAGUGGAAGCUCUUCACAAGAAGCUGUGCAGUAUAUUCAGCUCACCAGAGACAUCAUCAUUCGUUUCAGGUCCCAGCACUUCAGUCAAGUGUUCUAAAUGCGGAGAAUGUCCGGCGCGCACUCCACUCGUAUCCGCAUGCCAACAUGUGGCUUGCUUUGGUUGCUGGCGUACCAUAAUUGAGGAGGGAAAUCGGCGCUGCCCUUCUUGUCAAAGUCUGUGUCUCCAACCAGGCACAGUGAGGAUCACGCGGUCCCCAUCCUGGAAGGCGAGUAGCACCGACAGCACCCAAGCGUUUCGUGAUCUCCUUCAUACUCCUCUGCCAGAAUCUGCUGUGUUUCAAUUGCUUGUUGGUCUGUUCGCCGAGCCUGGCAGUCAGGUUGCAGACAUUUCGUUACCCGUCGAAAAAAACUAUCACUGUGCGCACCAUCAGCAGCAUGAGCCACAAUAUUCCCGUAUAAAUAUUUUCGUCAGAUCAGUCCCGCAUAUUAGCGUGAUAUCUAGUUGUUCGAAUUUAGUACCGUCAAAUUCGCCUUGUGAGAAUCGCAGACAAAGAUUUUGA